CAUUCUUUGCAAAAAAUUUUGCAAAUCUUCGAAGCCAUUCUCUCUUUUCUCGUCAAUCCUACCAUGAAGAUGGAGCAUCGCAAUCUCCACAAGGUGGACAAUUCCGUGCCAAAAUCCGAGCUCAUCACGUCGCCAUUCCGCAGCAGAAACGAUCCAGAGAGCGCAUCGCCACACUUCUCCCCGGGAGUCUUCCACACGCCAAGGUACUCCCCAUCUCCAUUCCGCCACCCGAUUCGAACUCCAGCACGCUCGCCGCAAGUCGAUCCCGGUGUCGAUCCCCUCCACCCCAAUGGCCACUUCCACUACUCCCACCGCGCGCCAUGGCUGCGAGCUCUCGUCCUGGGCGCCAACGAUGGCCUCGUCUCCACCGCCUCAUCCAUGAUCGCCAUGACCGGAGCUCGCAAUGGCGCCGCGGUGCUUGCCGGCAUCGCGGUCCUCGUCGCGGGCGCUUGCAGCAUGGCGAUCGGUGAGUACGUCUCCGUCUCCUCGCAGCGCGACACCGAAUUGAGCGACAUCGAGAAAGAGCGCAAGGAAUUCCAGUCGGGCCCCGAGGCCGUGGCCAAGGAGCUGGAGGAACUCACGCAGAUCUACGUCACGCGGGGGCUACACUAUGGAUUGGCGCGCCAGGUCGCCGAGGAGCUCUCGCGGGAGGAUCCCGUGAAAAUCCACGCGCGGGAGGAGCUCGGCAUCGAUGUGGAUGAUCUCGCCAAUCCUAUCCAGGCAGCGCUCGCGUCCGCGACGGCGUUUUCCUCCGGGGGGAUGAUUCCCCUGCUUGCCGGGGCGUUUGUGGAGGGAUUCAAGCUCCGGAUGAUCGCAUUGGCGGUGUCAACCAGCGCUGGGCUCUUCAUUUUCGGGGCGAUUGGGGCGUGGAUGGGCGGGAGCCCGCUGCCAAAGUCGAUUGCAAGGGUCGUGUUGGGAGGAUGGAUGGCAAUGCUUGUCACGUUUGGAAUAUUGCGUCUCUUUAGCAAGGUAGCUCCCAUCUAAAAUUACUUGUGUGUCUAUACGAGUGUGGUGGAUCCAAGUAAAUAGUUUUUCUUGUGUUUGCUUUGCUUGUGUGUAAACAUUGUUUUUUACAAGUGAAUGGGAAAUCUACUCUGUAA